GUUGCGAGGAGCGGGUGAGGGGGCAGUGCGGGGGUCUCGCUGGUUUCGAGUCCGCCGGUAAACCAGUUUCGCAGAUGAGAAAGCUUGAGUUUGAGAGUAGGUAGUUUGCUCAAGGUCAUAGAACUCUGCGGGCCCUGUUAAAAAUAAAGGUGUGGUUUACAAUUAAAAUUCUAGUCUUUUGCCCACCAGAGCCCUUGGCUUUAGCCUUUGUAGAAUGCUGCACCCCUCCCGCCCUUAUUUUUGCAUCGUCGUACUCGGGCCUAGUAUCUGAAAACAAGUUUGCACCCAGGAUUAAAACGUGGCGGUCAAAACCCUGCAAAGUGUCUCGCUGCCCCAUAUCCCAAGGUAGCUGUGAUGGCUUUGUUUCCUAUUUUGCUUUGGGUGCCCUUAUGUCACUCUUUGCACAGGCUCUCCAGCAGCUACUGCUUUUUGUCUGCCAGGCUCUCAGUGGCUGAGAAGUUAAGUAUUAAGGGCAAAAAAAAAAAAAAAACCCAAAAAAUCCAUAGGUCCGUAUCGCCUUGAUUACAACUCCGGCUUCUCUUAUCCUUCACUGACCUGCAACUUCCCCAGCCAAGUUGUGGAUUAUGUUCUCGGUGCUGCACUGUGUUAGAAUGCAUGGUCAUUUUUUCGGUUUUCUUUAUUUUAGUGGGAAGAGAAAUUAUUUAACGAUGACACAGAACUAGAAAGAAUCUUGGGUAUAAUGUGUUCUGGAGUUUGUCUUUAAUUACAGGUGAAAUAUUUGCGUUUUCUUGGAGGAUUUUUAGCUUUCCCAACAUUCACAAAGGAAUUCUUUUCUCCCUGCAAAGUUGGUAGUGACUGAGUUCAACUUCUUCAUCACACAUGAAGAAUAAAGUGAAAUUUAGGAUGGGGAAUGUACUUGUUGGAGAUUACAUGGUUUGAAAAGUUUAGAUUUGGAACCCAGUCUCCUGACUUGACAUGGAUUCUCCUUCUCAUUAUACCUCAUCAUUGUGAAAGGAGGAUUAAAGGAGAUGAUAAAUGGGCUUCGUAAUACACAGAUGAGUUCCAGAAUCCUAAAUCCUCUUCCAGAAGUUUUUCAGUAGCAAUCACAUCAUAUCCCUCUCAUAAAAUUCAGGUGGUUUCUGAAAACUGUUCUCCCACAUGGGUUGAGUCUUGUGGUAAAGCUCCAAAUUAGGAUAUGGCCACAAAUAAACUUACUCUUCUUGAGCUAACAAGUUUUUUUUUAUGCUUUUGUUUUCCUAGGAAAAGCUGUUAGUAGAGUUUCUGUUUUUUAAGGUCAGUGCCAGAGAGCUAAUACUGGUAUGUCAAAUUACCGUUUAUACCUGCACUGGCCAAUACCAUAACCAGUAGCUCUAUGUGGCUAUUUAAGUUAAUUGCAAUUAAACAGAACAAUACCAUUUUGCAGCCACGCUAACCAUAAUUUAGAUGCCAGAUAGCUGUAGCUGCCUACCAUAUUGGAGAGCACAGGCAUAGAACACUUGCAUGAUCACAGUUUAUUGAAUAACGCUGCUUUAGAAGUUGCCAGUGGCGAUGGGAACAGUAUAGUAUAUGAAAGAGCUGGGUUUUUGGAUUAAAAAAAAUCUGGUUUUCAAGUUCCUAUUUGGAUAGAGUGGCCUUGGGCAGGUUGCUAAGCAUUUCAGCUACAGAUGGUUCCUCUUUGGAUAGUACAACGAUCCUUUUGGAUAGUACAUGACUUUCUGUGAUCUCCUUUGAGCCUUAUUACUGGAAAUCUGUGCUAAGGUGGGUGGGCCACUUACUGAGCAGGGAGAUUUCCAUACUCCAGAGAUUCUGAUUCAGAACGGCUGAGGUAGCACCCUGGACUCUGCAUGGGUAAGAAGUACCAUGGGUGCCUUUUUAGGAUCUGUUGAAUUUGAGAAAUGACUGAGCCUUAAAGCCCUGGCAGAAAUGAGAUCACUGGAUCAGGAGGUACCUAUCUCCUUUAGGGUUGAUUUUUUUUUUUUUUUUAAGAUUUUAUUUAUUUAUUUAUACAAGCACUGAGUACAGUCAGAAGCGCGGGAGGAUGAGAGAAUUCACCAGAGCCAGAGAGGGAGCAGAACAGGCAGACUGACAAUACACUGCUGAGAGGAGCAGCGGGCGGCAGGAGAAAUCUACGUGCCAUGUGGGUCCCUUGCCCUGCGGCCGUGGGGAUCGAACCAGCGCUGCAGAGGCUGCAGGCAGCUUCGCAGCCCAGCGCUCAACCGCUGCGCCACCGGGAAGGCUCUAGGGUUGAUUCUUGAAACAUGUUUGUGUUUGACUUUCCUCUAGCCAUGGAUGCAUCAUCAUAUGAUGGUACUGAGGUAACUGUCGUGAUGGAGGAAAUUGAGGAAGCCUAUUGUUAUACCUCCCCUGGGCCACCCAAGAAGAAGAAAAAGUAUAAAAUACAUGGAGAAAAGGCCAAGAAACCCAGGUCGGCCUACCUUCUGUACUAUUAUGACAUCUACCUGAAAGUGCAGCAGGAGCUCCCCCAUCUCCCCCAGUCUGAGAUCAAUAAGAAGAUUAGUGAGAGUUGGCGACUUCUCAGUGUGGCGGAGAGGAGUUACUACUUGGAGAAAGCCAAACUAGAGAAAGAAGGUUUGGAUCCUAAUUCUAAGCUCUCUGCCCUGACUGCUGUGGUUCCGGACAUCCCAGGUUUCCGCAAGAUCCUCCCACGCUCAGAUUACAUCAUCAUCCCCAAGAGCAGCCUGCAAGAGGAUCGGAGCUGCCCUCAGCUCGAGCUGUGUGUGGCUCAGAACCAGAUGUCACCUAAAGGACCAUCUCUUGUGUCCAACACUGCCCUGGAGGCUGUGUCCAGCCAUGCAGGCAUGGCGGAGCAGUGCCUGGCUGUGGAGGCCCUGGCUGAGGAGGUGGGAAGCCUUGCCCAGCCCAGUGCUAUACAGGAGAUCACCACCUCAGAGAUCCUCGGCCAGGAUAUGCUACUAGAGGAGGCGUCCCUGGAGGUAGGGGAGAGCCACCAACCUUACCAGACAAGCCUGGUAAUCGAAGAAACCCUGGUGAAUGACUCACCAGACCUCCCAACAGGAAGCCUGGCUGUGCCCCACCCCCAGGUUGGGGAGAGUAUGUCAGUGGUAACAGUCAUGAGGGAUUCCAGUGAGAGUAGCUCCUCUGCGCCAACCACACAGUUCAUCAUGUUGCCUCUUCCUGCAUACUCGGUUGUGGAGAACCCCACCUCCAUCAAACUGACCACUACGUACACCCGACGGGGCCAUGGGACAUGCACCAGCCCAGGUUGCUCCUUUACCUACGUCACCAGGCACAAACCACCUAAGUGCCCUACCUGCGGUAACUUCCUAGGAGGCAAGUGGAUCCCAAAGGAAAAGCCAGCCAAAGUCAAAGUGGAAUUGGCUUCUGGUGUCUCCUCCAGAGGCUCUGUAGUUAAAAGACAUCAGCAGCCUGUCACCACUGAGCAAAAUUCCCCUAAGGAAAAUGCCUCCCAGCUGACUCUGGAGAACUCCGAAGCUGUAAGCCAGCUCCUAAGUGUAGCUCCUCCAAGAGAAGUGGGUGAGGAGAAUGAGUGGGAGGAAGUGAUCAUCUCAGAUGCCCAUGUUUUGGUCAAGGAAGCUCCUGGGAGUCGUGGUAUAGCAGUCACUAAGACAUCAGUCAUCAAGAAUGGUGUGCAGCCUGAGGCCACCCUGGGGACAACUGAGAAUGACAAUCCUGGAUCAGACAUUCCACCACCAGCCGAGGGGACCGGGACCGGUACCUCCAGUCCACUCCCUGCUCCUAAAAAAACUGCAGGAGUUGAUCUUACCCCUGGGCCGAGAGCCCCAGAGAUUAAAGGCAGAGCAAGGGGCAAACCCUCAUUACUGGCUGCAGCAAGACCCAUGAGAGCGAUCCUCCCGGCCCCAACUAAUGUGGGGCGAGGUGGCAGCAUGGGGCUCCCCAGGGCCAGACAGGCCUUUCCCAUGAGUGAUAAGACUCCAUCUGUGAGGACUUGUGGCCUGAAGCCAAGCACACUGAAGCAGCUGGGCCAGCCCAUUCAACAGCCAUCGAGCACUGGGGAGGUGAAGCUACCGAACGGCCCAGUCAACAGGACAUCCCAGGUGAAAGUUGUAGAGGUCAAACCUGAUAUGUUUCCUCCGUAUAAGUACAGCUGCACUGUCACAUUGGAUUUGGGCCUGGCUACAUCAAGAGGCCGGGGAAAGUGCAAGAAUCCCUCUUGUAGCUAUGUCUACACCAACCGGCAUAAACCUCGGGUUUGUCCCAGCUGUGGUUUUAACCUUGCCAAGGACCGGACUGAGAAAACCAACAAGGUUCUCGAGACGAGCCCACCCCUCCCAGAUGUGCUGAGUGCCACGGAGCCUCUGAGCACCACCCAGAGGGAGAUCCAGCGCCAGUCCACACUGCAGUUGCUGCGCAAGGUCCUGCAGAUUCCCGAGAAUGAGUCAGAGCUGGCCGAGGUCUUCGCCUUGAUUCAUGAACUAAACAGCUCUCGACUCAUCCUGUCCAACGUGAGUGAGGAGACAGUCACCAUCGAGCAGACCUCUUGGUCGAAUUAUUAUGAGUCUCCGUCCACGCAGUGCCUUCUCUGUAGCAGCCCAUUAUUCAAAGGGGGACAAAACUCCCUGGCAGGACCUCAGGAGUGCUGGCUGCUGACAGCCAGCCGACUGCAGGUGGUGACUGCUCAGGUGAAGAUGUGUCUGAAUCCCCAGUGUCUGGCCCUGCACAGCUUCAUGGACAUUUAUACAGGUCUCUUUAAUGUGGGGAACAAGCUGCUGGUGAGCCUGGACUUGCUUUUUGCAAUCCGAAACCAGAUCAAGCUGGGAGAGGACCCCAGAGUAUCCAUCAGCACUGUUCUAAAGUCAGUGCAGGAGCAGACAGAGAAGACUCUGACCUCAGAGGAGCUGAACCAGCUGCAGGAACUUCUGUGCAAUGGCUACUGGGCUUUCGAGUGCCUCACUGUCCGAGACUACAAUGACAUGAUCUGUGGCAUCUGUGGUGUGGCCCCUAAAGUGGAAAUGGCCCAGAGGAGUGAAGAAAAUGUGCUGGCACUGAAGAGUGUGGAGUUCACCUGGCCUGAGUUCUUGAGCUCUAAUGAAGUCAAUGUGGAGGAUUUCUGGGCCACGAUGGAGACAGAGGCGAUCGAGCAAGUGGCCUUCCCCACCAGCAUCCCCAUCACCAAGUUUGAUGCCUCUGUUAUCGCGCCCUUCUUCCCACCACUCAUGAGAGGAGCUAUGGUCGUCAACACGGAGAGAGACAAAAGCCUGGAUGUGCAGCCGGCACCUGGCAAUGGCAGUGCCUUGGUGAGGCUGCUCCAGGAGGGCGCCUGCAGGCUGGAGGAGAUCAGCACCUACAGUGAAGAUGACCUGCGGCACCUGCUCAGGCAGUGCAGCAUCCCCUUUGGGGCAGAUGACUCUAAGGACCAGCUCUGCUUCUCCUUGCUGGCCCUCUACAAAUCUGUCCAGAAUGGAGCCAGUGCCAGACAGCCCCCACCUCAUUUCACAGGGGGUAAGAUCUACAAGGUGUGCCCCCAUCAGGUGGUCUGUGGCUCUAAGUACCUUGUGCGGGGCGAGAGCGCCCUGGACCACGUGGACUUGCUCGCCUCUUCCCGCCACUGGCCGCCCGUCUACGUGGUAGACAUGGCCACCCCAGUGGCCCUGUGUGCCGAUCUCUGGUACCCUGAACUGACCAACCAGAUGUGGGGGAGGAACCAGGGCUGCUUCUCCAGCCCCACAGAGCCGCCUGUGAACGUGUCCUGCCCAGAGCUCUUGGAUCAGCAUUAUGCUGUGGAUGUGACAGAGGCUGAGCACUCCGUCCAGCACCCUGUCACCAAGACUGCCACCCGGCGCAUCGUCCAUGCCGGCACACAGCCCAGCCCUGGUGACCCCAGCGCCGGGCACCACUCUUUGGCCCUGUGCCCUGAGUUGGCACCCUACACAACCAUCCUGGCCUCCAUCCGGGACAGCAAACCAAAUAGUGUCCGCCAGCGGCCCAUCGCCUUUGACAACGCCACCCACUAUUACCUCUACAAUCGCCUCAUGGACUUCCUCACCAGCCGCGAGAUUGUCAACCGGCAGAUCCACGACAUCGUGCAGAGCUGCCAGCCUGGCGAGGUGGUCAUCCGCGACACCCUCUACCGCCUGGGGGUUGCUCAGAUCAAGACAGAGACGGAGGAGGGUGAGGAAGAGGAGGCAGCCGUGGCGGCAGAAUAGACAGGCUCUGCACAGAGACUACACCGUCUCUCUCAAGCCAUACGAGGCCCGCCCGGGCAGGGGCGGAGGGAGGCUCGCCUGCAGAGAGGGCCUCUGAUGCUGGGACUGACCAAAGAGCUUCCAUUUCCUGAGCACGCCGGGGCCCAGUCCUUGGUUCGCCACCUCACGGGGUUGGGAAGGCAGCAGAGCGCUCCUUACCAGCCCAAGAGAGCACUUGGGGGGACAUGGUGUGUUCAGCAGAGGGGAGGGAGCCUGAGGGUGCCUGGUGGGUACCUGGCCUGCUAGGGCCCCGGGGGGCCGAGGCGGGAGUCUGGCACUAGGUGGGAAGGCCGCGAGGUGUCUUCUGUCCCCGAGGAACGCCGUCUCCAGGGCCCACCCCCACGAGUUCCUUAGCCUGUUGCCUUUGACCCUGGGCCUUGGGGGCUUCAUUUGCUCUGGGGGCCCCUUUGGUUCCUGAUUCUCUCAAGGAGGGCUGCAUUUUCCUCCUGCUUUUCCUAUACCCUAUAGGGGAAGCUGAGGUGGGAGAAGCAGCCGCAGCUCUUCCAGGACUUCCCUCUCUGCCCCAAACUUUGAGGAAGAAGGUCCCCUUCCUCCUUUCCCUGGCCACUGCUGCUGCACCUACAUCCUCCCUGGGCCCUCCCCAUGGCGGGGAUGUGGCCCGCGGGCAUGACAUAACCUGGCAGCAGUAGGAGAAACUCCCUUCUGUGAAGGGGAAGCGGCCCAGGCUGAAAGGAAACAGCGGACUGCUCAGUGCCCAGGGUUUGCUGGGGCCUGGGAGCUGGCCGUGUGUUAUUUAAGUUAUUGAGAGGAGCAGAGUAGGUGGCUUUUUUCCCCUCUCACUUCCCCCGACAAGAAUAAAAUUUAUUAAAUUAUCUGAUUUUGGUGAAGCGAGUCAAGUGCAUGCGCACUGUACC